AGGGUUUGUUCUUGACUCCAUUGACUGCCGCCGCCCAUUCCUUGCCUGCUGCCGUCGCUCCCACCUGCUCCUCCUCCUCCUCCUUAGCCGGCGGUUGUUACAGUGAUCAACGAAGAGUUUCUAUUUCUCUAAUAACGCAUCACGUUUAAAGUCAGAUGGCCUUGAGAGGUGUAUGGCAACUUCAAAAGCUGAUUGUGAGCUAUAGUGAUUGGGGUGGAAGUAGUAGGGGCAUCAGGGCAUUUAUGGAGUCAAAUCUACCCUCAUUUAGAGAGAAAAAUCCUCAGUUAGAAGUUGUCACUGAACUCAUUCGUGGGCAGCAUCCACAUUUGAAAGCCUUUUACCGGAACAAAAAUGAACGGGUGAUAUGUGUGAAGAAUAUGGAUCCGGAAGACAUCCUUCUACAUGCAACCAGGCUAAGGAAUGCAUUGGGCAGGAAGGUAGUGAAAUUGAAGACAAGACACGUAACAAAACACCCUAGCGUUCAGGGAACAUGGACAACGGAGGUGAAAUUUUGAGGCACAAGAGAACAGCUCCAUGUGGGAUUCCUUUAGUGGAACCAUCCAUUCUAGUAACUUAAUGGUCGUUAUCAGUUAACUUUGGGUACUGCAAUAUAUGAGUAUCUGAUGCAUGCGUAUGCAUAUUGCUCACAUUUUUUUAACACUUUUAUGGCAUCUACCCCACCUGUUGUUUCAUGCUGAAUAAUGACAUGGUUGGGUAUUCAUGUUUCCCGU